GAAAAAUGGCCUAUUCUUUCAUCUUUUCGGGUCAAGGACUAGGUUAGCGGAAAUACAGGACAUUUUCCCAUACACCUCCACGCUUCCUUUUUACGGUCGGCUCUGCAAAAUGCCUUACAACAGAUUUGUUGAGAUUGGCCGUGUGGCCUAUGUUGCCCAUGGAGAUGAUAAAGGCAAAUUAGUUGCAAUUGUUGAUGUCAUUGACCAAAACAGAGCUCUUGUAGAUGGACCUUGCUCAGGUGUGGGUCGCAAAGAUUUAAAUUUUAAAGCACUCCAUCUUACACAGUUUACAAUUAACAUUGGACCCUCUGCCAGGUCAGGAACAGUUAAGAAAGCCUGGGAGAAAGAAGAGAUAACAAAGAAGUGGGAGCAAUCCACCUGGGCCAAGAAACUAGCUACAGCUCAAAGGAGGGCUGAAUUGACUGAUUUUGAGAGGUUCAAGCUAAUGAAAGCAAAGCAGGCUCGUAAUCGCCUAAUCAACAUAGAAUAUGGUAAAUUGAGGAAAGCAGAGCGCAAAGCCCCAGCUAAGCCCAAGAAGCUUAAAAAGAAGAAGACUGCCAAGAAGUAAACUGUUAGGGUCAAAAAAUUGUAAUUUAAGAUUGCAUUAAAUUAAAGUUGAUGGUAAUUA